AUGGAUCAGCCCUUCGAUUGUAACAGCUGGACGCCAAGCAAUUCUUGGGAAUGGGAGCCAUGGCUAACACCGUAUACGACAAUUGAGAUCAGGGCACUGAUCAAACAACUCAACAGAGAUACCAACAUCAUCAAGGAGCACCCAUACGAGCCCAAGCAUUGGAUCAAGCGCGCGAAAACAUUAACGCGACUGCGCUACCCCGAACUCGCGGUCGGUGAUGCUCAUAAGGCAUCCCUCUUGAUCCAGAACUUGCUCGAGGGUCUCGAUACACGGUCGAACUCACGAGUCGGCUGCGAUCUUGGUUUCUGGAUGAGCGACCCUGACAUCGACGAAGACUUAAUGGAAGAGGAGCAUGAGAAACAGCAGAACUCAUUCGAGGCGACCAAGAGAGAUGCAGAAGAUAUCAUAUCGAGCAGUCUUUGCUUCGCGCCCAGCUACUUGCGAGGCCAGUUCGUGCCGGCGCCAUACCCUUGGCUUGAAGAAAAGCACAGAAUGAGAUCGGAUGAUGUAAUACAAAACACCAAUCUCGACCUGGCCGAUCCGGAAAAUGGUGCCUCUGGCGGCAUAACGUGCUGGCUCAAACGGUACGCUUUUGGGCCCGGCGUCGGUGCGCGUGAAGGCGCGGAUCUUCUUGGCGUCUUUGCGGCGCGUGACAUUGAUGCUGGAAGUGUCAUCGUCGUUGAUCGAAGUCGAAUCUGGGUGGUUUUUGAGGCACUGCAGCAGUUUGGAGUCGAUAUUUUCAGCGACCUCAACUUCGAUACGUGGGUAAUCUUCGUUCUUCAGGCCAGGCUCGAUAACAAUCAGUGGUCAGAUCCCAAUACGACGUGCCUCAGCUCGCUUUUCGCCCUCUUCAACCACAGCUGUGAGCCGAAUGUGAGCUGGACCACGCAAGGCGGCCACCAAACUCUUGAGAUGACUACGAAACGUCGGAUACGAGAGGGCGAGCAGCUUUUUGUCGAAUAUGAUUCGUUCAUGAAUGACAAGCCACUGGAGGAGCGGCGGAGAAGGCUAUACAGAUGGCUGGACGGCCCUUGCCAAUGCAGUCGAUGCGCGAGAGAGCAUUCUGAAUUGAGCAGGACUGCGUCACCGCUGACGAGUUCAUUUGGAUCAAGUGAAUGGGAUACUGAUGAGAAGCCAGUCCUACCGGAAGAUCUUGGAGUGGAGUUCGAGCGGUGGGAUAGUCUCAUCUGCUGGCCGACGAUCCGAUUUCCUAAAUUGGUACUCCACGAGAGGACAUUCCGCCACGCCGCCUUCACUUGA